AUGUUUCAUUUGUUCAGAGAAAUGAUUCCAAAUUAUGAAGUAUACCUUCUUAUACAAAUACUAAGUCUAAGUGCUCACUUCGUGGUUGGACAAGAGAUUGAAUGUAUCAAGGGGGAAACAUGGUUUGAAAGGUGUAAGAAGUGCGAAUGUUUGGGUAAUCAUAGAUAUGGUUGCAGGUGGCAUCUUCCUAGUUGCAAUAUUGGAACCCUUCGGAAAGGCGUCUUCGUAUUUGAAUCAAAUCGAAGAUGCCAUUAUUCAAUAGAACUACAAACGACUAUUUGUGUCGACAUGAGUUUUCAAAAAAAUCUCAACGGAAAUCCUUGCUCAGCAGAUAUUUAUCUUCACGAUAGUUGUUCUUUUUGCCGGUGUGAAAAAUCGACGAAAACUUAUGAAUGUAAAUCAAUCGAUAAGUGCUCAGCAACUAAUGGUAUUUGUAAUUCGGGAGAGACAGUAAUGGAAAAUAUAUGUUUUCGGUGUUCCUGUACUUUCACGCGAUUCAGAGUUUGUUCUCCAUUCCAACAAUGCUUCGAUAAAAUAGAGAAAGAAGGUAAAUGCCCAACUCAUCAGAAUGUAUAUCCAAGAAUGCUGCAAGAAAUUUGUACUUAUGAGAGAUAUCAAGAAUGUUACACCGACUAUGGCUGCCCAGGAGCGAAAAAAUGUUGCCCCGUAGUGGACUGUUUCCUAAGAUGUGUGGAUGCCAUUUAUUAAUUGAAAAUGUAUGACUUGUCAAUUGUCAUCAAUAAUUGAAUUAUAUGAUUUAAGUGAAGACAUCUCUCUAUAGAUAUACCUAUGCUCAAUGCACC